UGUCAUAUGACACUGAUGAGAGGACUGAUCCCACUGCGAGCGAGCGUCACUGACGUCUUCUCUAAAAACAAAGGCAGCUCGCGGGACACUUGUCAGGGAUGCUGUAGCGUCCUGACAUUGUUUGGAGAUAUAGUCGAUAUUAUCUGGAGGAUGGAGGGCCGGGGACUUCUGCCUGCCAUAUGCGCCGCUUGUUUCAUUGGCAUGGUGGUGAGCCAGACCACACUAGCUCCUGCAGUGAUGAACACCACUUUCAUGGAGAAUGUGACUGAUCCGACAGUAACUCCCGUGAUUCUCACCACGACCCCAGGCUGCUUGGCGUUCAACACUUCUACUUGUGAGCCUUGUGCACCGGGAUCGGAGUACGACAACAACACCCUGCUGUGUGCAUGCUGUGCUGACCCCGGGCUGUGUCUAUUUCCUGGUGCCUGCCUGCCAUGCAACAGAGGCUUCUAUCAGCCGCUAGCAGGACAGCAGCAGUGUCUGCCCUGCAACCGGGGCUUCUACACAAAUUUCACUGGAAGUCCCUUGUGUAAUCCCUGCCCUACUGGAUCCUUCAACAAUAUCACUGGUGGAGACAGUUGCACAAGUUGUCCAGCAGGUUUCUUUUCCUCGCAGCACAGCUCCACUUCAUGUUUGCCAUGUGCACAGGGAAGCUUCUGCAAUUCCUCUGGUUGUAGCCAGUGUCAGAUGUGUCCUGGAGGAACAGAAGCUUUGCAGUCUGCCGCAAGGGGCUGCACACUGUGUCGGCCAGGCAUGCACAAGCUUCCCCAUCAGACGAUGUGUCAAAUCUGUGGCAGUGGAUUCUACCAAGUCAACUGGGGCAGGGAGAACUGUGAUUUAUGUCCAGAGAAUCACUACUGCCCUAGUCCAGAUGUGAACCCCAUUAAGUGUCCCAGCGAUGCUUUUUGUCCAGAGGGCAGCUUGUCUCCGGGAUACUGCAUGGAGACUUUCUUCCGCAAAGAAGGGGACACGUGUGAACUGGCUCCUGUCACCUUGGCCCUUUUAGUAAUUGGGGGAGGGGUGGCCGUACUCUUCAUAAUUUUAAUGGUCCUACGUCGACGGAGGGACAUUGAUGGAGAGUUGACUGUAGCACGAGCUCCACUAUUAGGCAAAGAGCGACCUCAGGGUCGAUACUAUGGCGUCCCCUGUGAUGCAGAACCUGUGUAUGCUGGCUGGUGAAACAGAGGACCUCAUCUUAGCUGUGCUUGGUAUCUUGUUAUGGGUCCCAACUAAAGACACAAGAACUGAUUGAGGAGUACAAAGUUAAAACACUGGACUGGUGCCUUGAGAGUGCUCUGACAGUGUACAAGCUUUUUAAAAUCUGGUACGUUUUAAUAUAUUACAAAGAAACAGACGUUUUUUUCUGAACUUUUGUAGUUUUACACUGGUACAAUUGUUCCACUCAGAGACAAACAUGCUUCUUUUGUAAACUACGUUAAUGGAUUAUGAGAGUUAUGUUGAGCGGUGAAAAUAGAUGCGUUCCUUGACUUUGUGGGAACCUCUCUGUCUUAUGAAAAGCACUUUUUUUACAGAGGUAAUUGAUUUACUUCUGACUGAUGUGUUGAUAGACUUGUGGUUACUUCCAAUAACUCUUGUAGUUCCACAGCUACAGAGAGGUGUAAACUGGUUGCUGCCAUGGUUGCUGAUUGUAUCUGCUUUUUUUUUAAAAGUUAUGUUUGUAU